AACACGCCGAGAAACUGAGGAGCGAAAGACGAUGUGCCAGCCGCGUUGACGCCACACUGGCGGCACUGCUUGUCCAGAUGGGCUUUUCUGAGGAUAGGUCCGUGUGCGCCGUCAACGCAGACCACAGGUCGAUCGCGUCAGCGUUGGAUUACCUAAGGGGAACCACCUUCGAAGAGUGUGCCCUCUGCUCGGGCGAAUGUUCGGAAGAAAACAUGGCGUGCUUUGAGCCCUGUCAGCAUAAAGCCUGCAUAACUUGCGUGGCACGACAUUUAGCAACACUAAGCCAGAGAGGUCGAACGUGGGCAUGCUUCCAGUGCCCCAGUGAACUCGACCGCCAUGAAACGUUGAACAAGCUCAAGCCAUUGCUGACCAGGGACGAGUGGGAAGGGCUGAACAGGUCAACCUUAGAACGCUGCCUCGAAGACGAUCCCGAUUUCAGGCGAUGCUCAGCCUCUAAGUGCGAAUAUGGCUUCCUCACAGAUCCCGGGCUACAAAAAGUCCAAUGUCCAGAGUGUGGCCUCGUGAUGUGCAACAGCUGCAGCUCGCCGUGGCGACGGGAGCACGAAAACGUGACCUGCGAAGCCUUCAGGGAAUGGAAAAGGUGCAAUGACCCCGAUGACCCCGAUUACCAGGCGGAGGAGUACAUCAGGACCAAUGGCAUCAAGUGCCCCAAAUGCGAAGCCAGCUUCGUCGUCGCGAAAGGAGGCUGCGCUCACCUGACCUGUCCAAAGUGCAAGUGCGAGUUCUGCGAGAGCUGCAGGUCCGAGUUUACCAAGGGGGCGAAGUGCGUGGUUGGAGAAGCCUGCCAGAAGAAAGGGUUUCACGCCCACCACCCGAGGAACUGCUUUUUCUACACAAGGGACUAUCCGUUGGAACAUCUGGUCAACCUUCUUCGGGAGGCAUCUGUCCCGAUGGAAGAUGACCUUCCAGCUGACGACGAACCCUGUUCCAUUAUGCUAACCGGGGACGACGGCGACGAGAGCAAAUGCCCGGGGAAAGCACACAAGAACGGCAAAUGCGAGCAGCACUACAAGGAAUAUCUGUGCGCUCUGAUCAUCCAGAAAAAUGUGGACACUGUGAGCUUGAUGAAUACUGCUCAGAUGAAGGAGGAGCUGAGGAAGAACAACCUUAGCCUACCGGAGUUCGCCCAAGCCACAGUCGAAGAUGUCGUCCGCGCGCGGCUGUUACAGUUAAUAAAGGACAACCUGCCAUUGUCGGGUAAGCCACGUUCUGGGGCACAGCACUGAAAUAAUUUCG